CAGUGGGGUGCGCAAGCAAGCAGUGGACACGACACGGAUGACUUCGGUUGCGGACACGAAAGUGGGAAGAUUUAUGGAAAUAUGCUACCGCGGCGUAGUUUAACAACUACGAAGAGCCCAUGUUAGCGAAAGGGCUACGCGGCAAACUCGGAAAGCGUGUGAGUCGGCGUGGCGUCUCUCCGUGAUAACAAAAAUGAGCGACUCCGGAUCGUUCUUACGGCCACCGUCGUUUCAUUGCCAACGGCAGUGGUUGCUGUUGUCAACUGCGACGUUGCUGUGGGUGUUGUCAGCGGCCGCGGAAGCGCUGGAGGUGAACGUCACCAAUGACGGGCCUGCCAUACUGGACUCGACCAUCACGUUCCGGGCGCAGUUGAUCGGUGCGGAGUACCCCACGCUCUACUAUGUCUUCCAGCACAACGUGCCAUCAGGGGGAGGGCCCGUUACGAUCACCAACGGAACGGAGGCCACACUGCCAAUGGCCUUCCUCGCUUACAGGCACCAGCCGGGCGAGUACCUCAUGACAGUCACUGUGCUCAAGCAGUACUUAUUCUCAAAGCACAAGAUAGCGGAGGGUUCCUGCAAGUUUCUGCUUACCCGGGACAUAGUGGGAAGGAUUGUGGUGUCCCAGGACGGCCACACGCUGCCGGACGACCAAACGAUCGUGUCCACGAACCGGACGACAAACUUUACUUUUGAGCUGCACGAUCCCAGCGGCUACUUCACCAACUCGUCCGACAGCUUGUCUUGGAAGCUGGACUACGGCCUGUCUCAUUACGCUCCCUACUACACCAUAAACUUCACUGACACGAACGUCCACACCGUGAACCUCAUCGUGGUAGCCCUUGUAACCAGGCCAAACUCAACGUCUCCGCAGGUCAAGCUCGGCUCCUUCACGCGCAACAUCGCCCCCAAAGACCCUAUAACAGGUGUCAACGUCCAAGGCAACAUCUGGCUUCGCCGUGGUGAUGUCGUCUCGCUGCAGGUGUCCUGCAAUGGCAGCGCCCCCUACAAUUACUGCUGGAAGUAUCUACCAGGCAAUGCGACCAGCAACUCAACGGCCAACCUGACAUGCGACGAGCCCAUCUCAACCAACCAGUGCCAGUUCCCGCUGGUGCACUACUUUCCGCAGGAUGGCUCACACUUCAUCGCCAUCCUCGUGAGCAACAUCGUUCAGGCGAAACCCUACAUCAAAAACAUCGAGGUGCACAUCUACGAUGUCCCGCGAAGCGGCCUGCUGUCCACCAUCAUCCUGCCAAUCGUGUGCUCGCUCCUGGCAUUCGUCAUCCUGGUCACGGGCAUAGCGUACCACAUCCACACGCGCAACCGGCUCCAAGUCGAGGUUGCCGACUUCGACUUCCAGCGGCCGGACCUGGAGCUCACCGAGAAGACCUUCUGGGAGCAUCUACUUGGCGCGUGGAGGGACACGUUCCCAAACUGGAGCAAGCAGUCCCACCGCGACGUCGACAGCGCCGGCGAGGGCGACAGCCUGACGGCGCCCGACAACGACCGUCGCCGUGGCGACGACGAGGAAAAGAAGUCGCCUGAAACCUCGCCGCCGAGAGGUCCCGGCAACGGAACGGACGCUGCGCUGCCCUCCGUGCCUGUCGAGAAGAGCGGUGUGGACGGUUCUGUUUGGACGACGGGCAGAGUGGAGAGAUAAUGAGCUCUUCCGUUUCGCUGCAGAAGAGCACGGUGCAACGGUUGUGCGUUUUGCCGCCGUCUCCUGUGGGAGGCAGGUUUGCUCGCUUUUAAUGGAUGAUAUGGUUGGGUGUGUGUGUGUGGACCUAGGUGGGACAGUUUUAGUGACUUGUUUUUGUAUGUGUUAGUGACUGGAGCAAAAAGAGUGUCUGGAGCUGCGAGUUCUGGUGUGCGGCUGCUAAGUGAGGGUUUCCUGUGACUGUCGACUGCCUUAAGUGAAAACAUAGAAGUGUUGACGUCCGCUUACAACUAUUGUCGUAGGUAGUGAGUGUGUUGUGGUGGGUUGCGCAGUUCUAAAACCUCCAAUGGCUUGGUUGCUAGGAAAGGGCACAGUAGUAUGAAUGUCAUAGAUGCUGAGGUUAACGAAAUGCAACAUGGAUCUGAUAUACUUAACUUGCUUAUCGCUCGCUACCUUGAAGUCGCUAGGCUGGCAUCUGGAAGCAUUCUUCGUUUCACAUACAAGAUCUCGGUGUGCCAUUGGCAAUGCUGUGGCUGCAGAUAUAUGAUAAUAAUAUAACUUUAAUCAAUUCCAAGUCCCUGGGAGUUAGAAGCGGAGUUCAAAUUUGUUUAGGUAUAGAAUGUGGCUGAAGCUUCGGGUGAAAGGCAAUAUGCUGCAAUGCGUUGUCUUGGGCAGAUUAUAGGACAGCAACUGCAUAUUGUGUCUGUGGCACACCGUCGUAGAGCACAAAAUAAUCGUGUGUUAUACAAAGCACCCUUUAUAGGAGCAAAUUUCAAAUUUCACUUCCUCUUAAGCUGUACUUUUAGAUAACUGAAAAGUUUUUACAUUUGCCUCCUUAGACCAUGAGACAGAUUGUAGAUGGCUACCGCUGAGGCCUCUUUGCCUUGGCUAACCUAAAGUACGGCAAAACUGACAGGUUCUAGCUUCAGCCUUAUCGUUGUGCCAAAAGUAUAUUGCGGCAUUCACGAACAAGUGUAAAUUCCUUAGUACUUGGCCCUUUGCAUGUUGUUGUCAGUGAUAAGCUCUGCAAGUAUCAGCAGAUCUAAUCACAUGGUAUCAUUUUGUAAUUCAGCACUGAAGGAGAUUAUUUUUGCUUGCAUUCGAUGGUCUGUGUAAUCUGUAAACUGUCAGGCACAAUUGCUAUUCUUUAAUAUGGAUGUAAUGGUUGCAGAGGUGCCUUUUUAUGGUUUUUGUCUGAAUAUUUUCAUGUCUGCUGUAAUGAUGUGUUGCCCUUAUAAUUUGGUGAGAUUGCACUUACUUUGCAUAGGAUAAAUGGAAGCAAUGCCAAUUUCAGGAAAUGUCAUUGGUUUUGUUUGUCUACUGUAGCAAUGCAUCAAGUAAGGCAGAACGAUGGUUUGUGCUGUUUUCUUAGUGUGUUCUGAAAUAUCUCUGGACUUGUGUUACAAUUAGCAAGUUGGCAGUACCUUCUGAAAGUAGCAGUGGUUUUGAAAAGCGAGAAAUUGUGUUGGAUGUCAUAGGUGGGUAUUCUGACGUGAUGCAUGAGUUUGUCGCAGCAUGUCACUACCGACGUGUUAUUUGGUGACAGCACAGCAGCUUUCGGACAGCUGCUGUCAACUUUCCUGUCACAUGUACUGAUCUACAUUUUAGUUUGUGCACUCCGGUGAUGAUACAUGUUCAUGUGAUAGCCCAAGCUGGUGAGAGUACGUCUUUGGUGUUGGAUAAUUUUGUGCAUGGUGUUUUAGGAGUUCCUGUGGCACAUGACUUAGGUAUAUAGGAAUCGACUGUGUUGGGACGACGACUUAGGUGCAAAAAAAAGAAAAAAAUGCAGGUACUGCCAUAGGGCCACACUAAAAAUGACAUUGAUGUUGACAUAAGGAAUAUGAGGUUUCCACAGGGCUUACUUCAUUGAUAGUCCUACGCUCUUUAGUGAAAAUAAGCGUAUUCCUAUGUCAAAUUUUUUCACCUGCAGCGAACGAGCAUAGGUCAAGAAGGAGCAGGUCUAUUGACACUAGUGAAGAACUCUGCUCCACAAGAAACCUAAAUUGCGUUUUGAAACUGAGUCGUCAAGCUUUUCUGACUGACGUCUUUAAGAAAUGUACACUGCUACGUAUGAACCUUUCCGUACCAGCUUAACAUUUUGAGGGAGGCAAGCAACGAUAUUGUAAAGAGCUUCAUCGCAGAAAUACAAUAUAUCAGAGAUUAGCAUUGGUGUCAUCGGCGUCCGUGCAGUGGGGAAUUUUCUUUGUGCUGAGAAAGGACUCCCUGCUAAGCAUGUUGCGUU